UGUUUACUACGCCCCCCCCACCACCACCACCAAAGCCUAUUUUUAUUGUGCAAUACUACGACGUAAUCAUGUGUCAUUAUUGCAACAGCAGCGCCAUACUCAAGAGUGUGUGUGUGUGUGUGUGUGUGUGUGUGUGUGUGUGUGUGUGUGUGUGUGUGUGUGUGUGUGUGUGUGUGUGUGUGUGUGUGUGUGUGCUGUUGUGCAUGUGCCUUCAUGUUUGUAAGUACCUGCCCUCGAGUACCUGGCUUGGACUUUGACCAUGAUUGCUCUGUGUGUACACCGGUCAGCUGGGCGGAGGAGAAUUCUGAGGGCCAAAUAAAACGAUGACCAUGCUUUUCUAAGUGGUGGUGUCAUUCAGCUGUCAUGCUGAUUUAUUUUAAAUGGGGUUUUCAUUGUGAAUAAUUCCUCUGUACAGGGCUUGUUUUAACUUUGACCUCCAGCACCUGAUUAAGGCAUUUAACACAUUUGUCUGAGUGUAUCAUCAACAACUGGCCGGGUCCCUUGUUUGUUAGAAACAGAAGUCAUACGCAGCACCAUGAUCCCAGCUUGGUUGACAGUGACACACAUCCUUAAUCUAGAGGCUCUCUCGCUCUAUGAGUCAUCAUAGUGACAUUCACACUUUUGUUGCCGUUGUCGCUUCAGUGUGUUGCUGUGUUUUCUAGGCUAUUCUUCCAGUUAGUUUCCUGUUAGCUCUCCUCACAAGAGUCCCUAAUCAGUUGAAAGGCCGGAUACACUUUUGAACCGAUUGGCCUGAUUGGCUGUAGCCGAGCAGAGGGAUGGCCAGCCAGGCGCUAAGUGUUGAGGACUCGUCGGAGGACCAGGGGCGGAGCCUGUCCGCCGACAGCUGAGGACCGAGGAGCAAGCAGCCCGGGCAGAAUGACGCAGCAGGAGGGGCGACCCCCGCACCGCAAGUGAAGAGAACGUGAGGAUGGGGGCCAAUGGAUCCAGCUAUCCACACUCGAGCUCCCCUCGCAUCGGGGGCAACGCCCCGCCCCAGCAGACCUUUAUAGGUACCUCGUCCUAUUCCCAGCAGGGCUAUGGCUGGGAGUCCAAGCUGUACAGCCUGGACCACGGCCACGAGCGGCCCGCCGACCGCAAGAAGAAGAGCCUGGGCCUCGCCACGCUCAAGAGGCGCUUCAUCAAGCGCCGGAAGUCCAGCCGCUCGGCCGACCACGCGCGGCAGAUGCGCGAGCUCCUGUCGGGCUGGGACGUCCGCGACGCCAACGCCCUGGUGGAGGAGUACGAGGGCACGGCCGCCCUCAAGGAGCUGAGCUUCCAGGCCAGCCUGGCGCGGGCCGAGGCGCCCAGCCUGCAGCGGAACCUGGCCGCGCUCUACCAGCACAAGUACUGCACCGACGUGGACCUCAUCUUCCAGGACACCUGCUUCCCGGCCCACCGCGCCGUGCUGGCCGCCCGCUGCCCCUUCUUCAAGUCCCUGCUGUCGUCGUCGCCCGGCUACGGCGCCGAGGUGCUCAUGGACAUCGAGACGGCGGGCAUCGACGUGCCCAUGUUCUCGGCCCUGCUGCACUACCUCUACACGGGGGAGUUCGGCGUGUCGGGCGCCGAGGACGCCCGGCUGCAGAACGUGGACGUGCUGGUGCAGCUGAGCGAGGAGUUCGGCACGCCCAACUCCCUGGAGGCGGACAUGCGGGGCCUGUUCGACUACAUGUGCUACUACGACGCCCUGCUCAGCUUCUCCUCGGACUUCGAGAUGGCGGAGGGCUGCGGCGAGCGGCUCCCCGCCGGCGCCGUGGCCUCGGUCGGGGGGGGGCCGGGCUGCGGUGCGGCCCCCGGCGGCCCCGACGAGGACCUGCGGGCCCACAAGGCGGUGCUGUCGGCGCGCUCGCCCUUCUUCCGGAACCUCCUGCAGCGGCGCAUCCGCACCGGGGAGGAGAUGACGGAGCGCACGCUGCAGACGCCCACGCGCAUCGUGCUGGACGAGUCCAUCAUCCCGCGCAAGUACGUGCGGGUGAUCCUGCACUGCAUGUACACGGACGCGGUGGAGCUGGGGCUGGUGCUGCGGGGCAGCCCGUCGGCGGGCAGCCUGGGGGAGGUGCAGGCCCUGGUGGCCGGCGGCCGGGGGGCCAGCACGCGGACCGAGGAGGCCAUGGAGCUGUACCACAUAGCGCUGUUCCUGGAGUUCAGCAUGCUGGCUCAAGGCUGUGAGGACAUCGUGGUGGAGAGCCUGGCGCUGGACUCCCUGGUGCCCAUCCUGAAGUGGAGCUCCCAGCCCUACGGCUCCAAGUGGGUACACCGGCAGGCCCUGCACUUCCUCUGUGAGGAGUUCAGCCACGUGGUCUCGUCCGACGUCCUGUACGACCUCAGCAAGGAGCACCUGCUCGGCGCCAUCCAGUCCGACUACCUGCAGGCGAGCGAACAGGACAUUCUCAAGUACGUUGUUAAGUGGGGCGAGCAGCAGCUUAUUAAGAGGAUGGCAGACAGGGAGCCCAACCUGCUCAGCGGAACGGCCCACAGCGUGAACAAGCGGGGCGUGAAGAGGAGGGACCUGGACGUGGAGGAGCUGAAGGAGAUCCUCUCGCCGCUGCUGCCCUUCGUCAGGACGGAGCACAUCCUGCCGGCCAGCAGCGACGUCCUGUCUGACGCGCUCAAAAGGGGUCUCAUCAGCACCCCUCCCUCCGACAUGCUGCCCACCGCUGAGGGGGGCAAGGCCCACUCGUGGUUGCGCCAGAAGAACUCGGGCAUCUACCUGCGCCCCCGCCUGUUCUCGCCCUACGUGGAGGAGGCCAAGUCCGUCCUGGACGAGAUGAUGGUGGAGCAGACGGACCUGGUGCGCCUGCGUCUGGUCCGCAUGUCCAACGUCCCCGACACGCUCUACAUGGUCAACAAUGCCGUGCCGCAGUGCUGUCACAUGAUCAACCACCAGCCAAUGGCGGGCAACCCGACGGCCGCGCCCACCGUGGUGGCCAAUGAGAUCCCAGUGCCCCGGCUGUCCGUGGUGAAGGAUAUGAUCCGCAGGCUGCAGGAGCUGCGGCACACGGAGCAGGUCCAGAGGGCCUACGCCCUGAACUGUGGCGAGGGGGCCACCGUCAGCUACGAGCUGCAGCUCCGCGUGCUGCGGGAGUUUGGCCUCGCUGACGGAGCCACGGAGCUGCUGCAGAACCCGUACAAGUUCUUCCCCGACGAGCGGUUCGGAGACGAGAGUCCGAUCCUGGCCCUCCGCCAGGUGGGUCGUUGUCGGGUAAACAGCAGCCCGGCCAUGGACAGCAUGUUCACCGAGCUGGAGGGGCUGGCCAGCUUCCACCCUCCCCUGCCUCCUCCGCCGCCCCCGUACCACCCGCCCGCCACCCCCGGCCAGGCCCAGCUCAAGGCGGCCUGGCGUCCCCGCGUGCCCGUGCCCACCCCCACCCGAUCCUUCUCCUACCCCUGUAACCGCACCCUGCACCAGCGCCACGCGGCCGGCAAGCACGGCAGCGCCGAGUACGCCUCGGUGCCCCGCCCCCAGCCCCCCGACUGCGCCAAGCCCCAGGCCAUGGGCCGGGCGCUGGUCUCAGAGCAGCAGGCGAUGGGCAUGGAGCCUGUGAUGAGGGAGUUCAUGCCUGACAUCGCCCUGGGCGUCUCCGUCAUGUCCCUGAGGGAGCAGCACAUGGCGGACAUGGAGAGGGAGGGUCCCCACAGUCCCAUGGGCCCCGCGGGCCACCACAUGCCCCACGGACCCUGCCCCUCCGCCCGCCUGGGCCACGCCCACGGCCCCGGGCACGGCCACUCCUGCAAGCGGCACGCCCCCGAACCCAAGCUGGAGGCGCAGGCCGAGUUCCCUGACCUCUACGACUUCUCCUGCCGACCCGCCACGCCGACCUCCCUGCCCUCCUUCAGCGGGCCGGACCUCUACAGCCACAGCUGUAACCCCCAGGGCUCCUUCCCGCCCUCCUAUCUCUCCGACUCUCAGACCCAACAGGGCCACCCGUCGGGGGGCCGGGGGGGCCAGGACCCCCUCAGGCUGGACGUCCUGGGUCUGGGCUCCCAGCGGAAGGACGGGGCCCUGGCCAGCCCCUCCGGGCCCCAGCCUCGCGUCGGACACAUGCCCCGGGGCCGGUCCAACGAGACGGACCUGACUCACGGCCUGGGCCACCUGCGCUCUCCCAGCGGGAACCUGGACGGCUAUGAGGACCGGCACGCGGCCCCCCGGGACGCCCCCGAGGAGCUGGGGGUCACCGGGGACUCGUCGGGCUCGGGGGGCCACCUCCAGCAGCCUCACAGGAACAGUGUGAGCGAGGAGGCCGUCAGAGACCGCAGGUCACCCAGCAAGCCUGACUACCCUUACAAGAAGUCCGCACUUUAACCCCAGUGGAGGGACCGGGGUUGAAGCGUCACCAAGCUCAUUUGUUUUUGGGAGGGAAGGGGGCGGGGGUUGCCCCCCUGUGUUUGUUUUUUUUGUAACGGAUGGCAAAGCACUAACCUGUGUGUGCAUGUGUGUGUGUGAGCGGUUUGAGAGGAAAGGGAAAAGGCUUGUUGUUCAUUUAGCUAUUUAUAGGUUGCAUCCUUCUGGCCUGCCCUUGUGCACAGCUUGUGCUUUCCUCCUCACGGUCUGCGGGGGUCAAGCUCCUCUGCCACUUGGUGGAAUGGAUCUGACCACAGCCCACCUGAUCCUGUGAGUCUGGAGCGGGGUGCUGUGUCCCAACAGAUGGAUUAGUGUAGCCAGUCUAUUUCUGAAGGUAAAGGUUAGCCAAACCAUUAACUCAGCUCCCGAACGGACCGACUUGUUGACUAGAGAUCCUACUGUUGAAUCCCCAAGUACAAAUACAAGCUGACUAUCCAAGUUUUAUCUUAAGCAAGCUCGUCAAACGGCACAGUCCCGCACAGAGAUGGCAUCGGGAUUAAAUAUGUCGUCACGCAUUACUUCCUCCCAGAUGAGUAUUUACAUUUCCUCCUUUAGCAUCCCUAUGGCAACUCACCUGAGAUCGAGGCCCCCCUCCCUGGGCCAGGGGCUGCCAGCACGCUAUUGGCAGGGCCUCGGUCAUGUGAGGCAGGAUUCGGAUGGGCCAGGAAGUAGGUCAACAGGCAGAGCGCGGCUCUUGGCAGAUGUCUCUCUGCGUUGUGAUGGCGACCCGCUCUGACUAAGUCUGCUUCUUCCCCAGCAGAGAGACGGGGCUCUGCAGAGGGAAAGGGGCAUGGGGGUCUUAUCGCCAAGUUCAUCACUAGGCCCAGUGGAGUAUUUGAGGGUACCAUGGCAACUUGAUGCACGGCGGUGUUUGGGCGUGGGGGUUGUUGUUUUAGCAGAACAGGUGUGGAUGUUUCCGUAUACACAAACUGUUUUUUGUACGCGCAGGUGUUUGAACAAUCUCUGUACUGUACCCUCCCAUGUAGUCAGGUCUGUAUGUGCAUAUCAGCAUUAGGCUCCGAGAGAGGUGAACCAUAGGGGAACCAGCCCUAACGGCCCUGGUCUUCCGCUCCCUGGUUUGAAAAAAGCAUUCAACGAUCAAAUCCAAAGCCUUAAUCAAUGCUUGGCUUAUUGAGUUUAAGCAUUUUUAUUUUAUCCUAAGUAUGAUGUCAUCCCCCCCCCCCCCCCCCCCUCCUUCUGAUGCGGUUAUUCUGUUCACUAUGAACACAGACGCUUGACGAUUCUUCUGCAAUGGAGGUGUGGGAUUCACCAACCAAUUUAUGUAAAUAGUAGCCCUCAAUACCGCCACCUCAUGGCCAAGUCUGGACCUUCACAUCCAGGGGAAAUGCUGUUAAACAUACCAUAACUGUAGCAAAAGAAACUGGUGAGUGCAUACAUUUAGCGUGAAAAAAAAGAGCCUAUCAAAUACUUUAUUUUACUACGCACAACCUAUGAGACGGGAGCGGCAUUGCACUGUUGGAGCAACCCAUGUACGGUGAGCUAGAAGGAACAAAAAGUUCUAUAGUGAUGUGUAAACAAGCGUGUGUGAAUGCUGUCUGAAAGUUGGCUGACUGUAUUUUUUUUCCAUGCACCGUUGAUAUUGUAAAUAAUCGAUUUAAGUCCCAUCACAUUUUGAUUGUUAAUUGUCCGUCACAUUUUAGUGGUUGAAAGUUGGUGUUUGUACUGUAGUGGAAGGCACCUUGUACACCCUGUCUACGUCCCUGAAUCCUCACCAUGAAUGGGUGGUAUAAAUCAUUAACCAUCUUGUCCCAGAAUCCUUUGUCUUGUUGAAUGUUACACAUUCUAGGGCCCAUGUUCAAUAUUGUAGAUGGUGUGGAUUACCGUGUUUUCGUUUUCUAGGUGAAUGUUAUUUUUCUUCCGUGGUGUCUGAGUACCAGGAGUCAGAAAAGGGGUCUGAGGAUUAGUAGUUCUAUGCUUAGUGGUUGUGAAUUGGCCAUGUAUGAGGGGGGGGGGGCGAGGGAAGAUCAUUUUUCCAUUCAGCUUGCAUCAUGGGGAAAAAAUGCAAAACUCCAGAUUCUUCCCCAUGUUCGCAUCGGGCAGUGUUUUCCUUUCCAGGACGGCGGUCCCUCGAGAAGAGGUUUUGUUCUGUUCUUCGCUGUAGAGGUCAGUGCCUUCCCCCGGCCGCUGCUGGGCUUCUAAAUGGAGAAGUGACUUUGAUGUCUAUGCAAGCCUUUUCUACCAGCUCAACCAGCCUGCGUCAAGUAGUUCUUUAAACACAUGUAGCUCCUUCUCUGUACAGUUUUAUCAUUUAGCACCUUUCUUUUGAAACAGAACCACCAUGACCAUGUGUGACUGCUUGUGUUGAAUUUAUAAAAAAAAAAAAACAGGUACCCCCGUACUUGUGUGGUAUACAAAUACACCUUUUUUUAGAUUGAUGUACCAAGUUGCAUUUAGUUUCACUGAAUCUAUUUUUCUACUGUCACCUCCCAAAAGGUGCUUAACAGUGGUCAAUCCUGGCAUCCUCAAAAAUAAACUGGUUUGUUAUAAUGGA